GAGCGUCCUUUCCUUCAGUUGAGGUGGAGUCAACCAAUGGCCUCAGAGCCUGGAAAAUUUUGCAGGACAGUUUCCCCUGACAGCUUUGCAAGGAUUGUAUCAUUUCAAUAGAAGCAUAAAUCCACACGCUCAGCUCUUGGCUUCUGUCUGGCCUCCCGGAACUGAGAGAUCUCAGUUUCAGCCUUCACUUCUCUGUCUUGUCACUGCAGUGUCAAGCUUCUCCAGAUUUUCCUAGUCAGAACUCUUAAGUGACCAUGGCAGACACCACCCUCCAUAUCGUCGAGCAGCCAACUGCAUCUGAGGCUUCGGAGGAGCCAGCUGCUGAAGAACCCAUUAAAUCUGACCAGAUCAAUGGUGUUAUGGUGCUUACUCUUUUGGACAAAAUUAUUGGGGCUGUGGAUCAGAUUCAGCUGACCCAGACUCAAUUGGAAGAGAGACAGCAAGAAAUGGAUGGUGUAGUGGCCAGCAUCCAGGGAGAACUGGCUAAGCUCACCAAAGCCCACACCACCACCAGCAAUACAGUCAACAAGAUGUUGGAGAAAGUCCGUAAGGUCAGUGUUAAUGUGAAAACUGUCCGACAAAAUCUGGAGAAACAAGCUGGACAAAUCAAGAAGUUAGAAUCCAAUGAGACGGAAUUGCUGAAGCGUAGGAACUUUAAAGUCAUGAUCUACCAGGAUGAGGUGAAACUGCCAACCAAGCUGAGCAUAAGUAAAUCUGUGAAAGAAAUAGAAAAAGGGGAAGAAGGGGAAGAGAUCCCAGCUGAUGAGGAGCACCCUGGAGAGGAUCAUAUUGAGCUCUCCUCAGAUGAAGAGGUUGAAGUUGAAGAGAUUAUUGAGGAAUCACGAGCAGAACGUAUUAAGAGAAGCAGCAUGAGGAAGGUUGAUGACUUUAAGAAAGCAUUCUCUAAGGAGAAAAUGGAGAAGACCAAGUUGAAAACUAGAGAGAACCUAGAGAAGACCAAGCUGAAGACCAGAGAGAACCUGGAGAAAACCAAGCAAAAUCUGGAGAAGACCAGACAUAACCUAGAGAAGAGAAUGAACAAACUAGGCACUAAGAUAGUCACCACUGAACGCAGAGAGAAGAUGAAGACUUCCCGAGAUAAGCUGAAGAAGUCCUUCACCCCUGAUCAUGUAGUCUAUGCACGUUCCAAGACAGCUGUCUAUAAAGUGCCACCUUUCACCUUUCAUGUCAAGAAGAUCCGUGAGGGAGAGGUAGAAGUGAAGGCCACAGAGAUGGUGGAAGUUGGUGGAGAUGAGACAGAGAACACAGAUCUGCUGAGAAGCGAAAGCCCUGAGAUGAGCACACUUCUGCAGAUCACCGAGGAGUCAGAUGCAGUGCUUCAAGAGAAGAGUGAUAGUGAGUGAGGCAGGUGGCAGCAUGAAAGCAUCAAAUGCUUAAUAUAUAAUCUUCCACAUUUUCCACAUUUCCUCUUUUUGGCCUCACAUGGGCAUGCGCAUGCACACAUACACAUGCAUACAUAUACAUACACAGUAUAUACAGAAUUUUUACAGCUCCCCUCCCCCUUUUUCAACAUGUAGCUUCAAGGUGCAUUUUUGUAUAUUUCUGAUUCAUCAUAUAGAACAUGGAACAUACUUAUAAUCCAGCAAAAUACCAUUCCUGCUACUAAAAGCUUGCUUUGCCAGCCUGCCAUGGCAAUAUCCCAAUGUCCCAAAGGUGCUACCCAAGAAAUAAUCUAUUUCUCAAGAAGCAUGCUGCGUCUUAGCUAUCCUCUUUGAUGUCAAGAAUGCUUCCUGGAGACCUAAACGCAAACUUGUCAGACAGAAGAAUGAAGUGCAGGUAUGGAAGCAAAGAAGGAAUUGGCUCAGUAUAUCAUAGAACUAGGGAAUAAUGAAGGGAACAUGGAAAUUACUGCCUGAAUUCAAAGAUAUUGUGAUGCCUGAUUCAGGCAUACAGUCUGUGCAUACUUCAAUUUCCAAGAGAUUAUAUGGAAAAAGUUGCACUUAGUAGACCUUAUUUCACCAGUAAGAAUCAAGUGAUUGCCAAUAAAUACAUCAACAGGGAGUAAUAUAAACAGGGUGUCCAUUUGCACUAUUAGCUAUACAGAUCUGUGAAGCUAUUGCAACAUGGUUGAAAAAGGGAUACUGAUCUGGGGAUAAGGAGUGGGUGCAAGAAACAUUGGACAAGUAGGGAGAAUCAAGGGCGAAAAAGAUGGAUCAAGGACAGAGAGUGGAUGUGGCCUUAUGACAGCUUUAGCUAGGAGCAAUAAAGGGUUAUCAACAUCAACAAAAUAGGAGGCAACUAUCAUCUAUUACGUUAGCAAACUUGACUUCCAUUCCUGGGCUGGAUCCAGAGAGCACUGCAGGGUUAUUUUCUGCCUAUGCCAGGGCUCCAGCAAUAGGCCAGCCUUAACUAGUUGUGUAAUACUUGAGUACAUGCAGUUUUUAUUAAGCUUGUAACAUAGAAAGGGUGUCAAAGUGCAAGAGUUCACUAAUACAGGAUAAUUCAUUACGGGGAAAGGGAUUCUCAGAAACCCCCCUCCCCUGAACAAUACACUAUUCAAAAACACAGACAUACUAACUUCCAUACAGCUACCUCUUUGGCUUGCAGGGGACAGUUUUCAAGCGAGCCUGAAGCCUCGCUUUCUAGUGACAAGACAAUGGCCUCCUUCCCCAUUUUCUGACACGUGUAACCUUGCCUUGCAUGAUUUUGUGAUUUACCCCAGCCCCUGCUUUCCUGCCUUCCUCACAUUCUACUGGGAUUUCCCCCCAGUGUCUCUCUAUGGUCAAGGAGAAAAUAUUUGCAGCUAUGAAUCCAUCAUAUGUCUUGCAAUUCUGUGUCCAACGUAUCUACCACAAAUGCCACAUCUGUACCGGAACUGCCUAUUCUAACAUCCCCAGAAAUGGCUUGGCUACCCAGACCUUAGCAAGAAGAAGUGUAUGUGUGUAAGGGGUGUUUUUAUUGGACUGAGAAGUGUGCAAGUGAGUAAGGGUUGUUCCCUUUGCACUGCACUUUCCUUCAAGCCUUUCAGUUCUUGUCAUGGAUCUAUCUAGAAGAAGAGAGAGCCCAGGAUGUAAGAUAUGCUUGGCCUUCAAAACCAUCAAAGAUGGGAUGGGGAUCUUGCCUCAUUCUGGGGAAAAUAAAUAUGUGGGGAAGAGGGUGCUGUGCCAAGCAGCCGCAUUGCUCUUUUUUCUAAGACUGCAUCCUGGUGAGCAGCAUGAAUAAUAAACUUUCUUUUCUACA